CUACAAGCCAAUACAGCAGUCCAUGGACUGUCCGUUGGCGAGGACCUAAAGAACAUUUCUACAACAUUGGGCGCUGAGAACUGAAGAGUUGAUUAAAGAAAGUUCUUGGUCUGACUUCGGAUUUUUGGACAGUUCUAUUUCCUCAACAUCAAAACGCACGUGUUUUGUUUUGUUUUUUGUUGACCGGAUUGAGCUUCAUGAGCGCUAUAGCUCACCUCGAGCCUUGACGACGCGGUGCGCACCGGACGAAUUUCUUUCUUUUUCUCUCUCUCUCUUUUCUUUCCUGACGCGCGCGCGUUGCCUGUUUCUCUGCAGUACGAGCAGAUCACAACGCGUCUCGGCGCGUGCCCAUGCGGACGCCGCGGAUUGGCUCCGAGCGUCUCGGCGGCGGCGGUUCGCGUGCGUCCGGUUCUCGUGAACGGCUCGCGUCCGCGCCGCUGACAUGCAGUCCUUAAUCUCACCGGUGACCAAAGCGAUCUUGGUUGCCUUGUUCAUCUUCGCCAUCUUGCUUAUCCUCUACGUUAUCCUGUGGUACAUAUGUCGUGACGUGGACUGCGACCACGGCAUCUGAUCGGCAUCCUUAUUUUUCUGGAGGACGCGAGCCGCCGUGGGAACGGGGAUGACCCCGCCGUGUUUUGCCCAGGCAGAAUGGGAGGGUUGCCAUAGUGACGGGAGGAGCCAGAGGAAUGGGCUAUGAAACAUCUCGACACCUGGCGAGCCUGGGCACGCAUGUGGUCAUCGCUGGAAAUGAAGAGGAGGAGGGUCUCAUAGCGGUGAAGAAAAUCCAGAAGGAGAGUGGACACAGAAAAGUGGAGUUCAUGUGCCUGGACUUGGCCUCCUUGCAGUCCGUGCGACAGUUUGUGCAGAGAUUUAAAGCCAAGGGACUGCCUCUACAUAUUCUCGUCAAUAACGCUGGUGUUAUGCUGGUCCCAGAAAGGAAGACCGAGGAUGGAUUUGAGUUGCACUUUGGACUGAACUAUUUGGGCCACUUCUUGUUGACCAACUUGCUGCUUGACAUGCUGAGAGAUUCUGGGCAGAGCAGGAGGUUCUCCCGCAUCGUCACAGUGUCCUCAGCCACUCACUAUGGAGGAAGACUUGAUCUAAAUGACCUGCAGGGCAGGUCAUAUUACAGUUCCCAUGGUGCAUACUCACAGAGUAAACUGGCACUGGUGCUUUUCACCUACAACCUGCAGGAGCGGCUGUGGGCUCGAGGUGAUCCGGUAACGGCCAACGCCGUGGACCCUGGCAUGGUGGACACAGACUUGUACCAGAACCUGUGUUCUCCUGCUCAGCUUGCCAAAAAACCUGUGGCUAAAAUGCUCUUCAGGACCCCGGCCGAAGGAGCAUCCACGACCGUGUACGCAGCCGUCGCGUCUGAGCUGGAGGGAGUCGGCGGCCUGUACCUGUACAACGGCCAGAAGAAGAUCUCCUCUGCGAGCUCCUACGAUAAGCGGCUGCAGGAAAAGCUGUGGACCAAGAGCUGUGCCAUGGUGGGGCUUCAGGAAGCCUGAGGAAGAGUCAAACAUCUUCCUCGUGGAUGAGCGUUCUGGUCACGAUUACCACCAUCCACGACGCUGGCAGUUUCAUUUUGCACUCUGUCUCCUACUCGGUAUAUUGUGUGAUAGCAGAAGGAGUUCUAACUUCCUCCUUUUGUAGAAAUCGUUGAAGAUUGAUUCUUCUGUCUGAAAGUAAAUAAUUCCUCACAAACAGAAGGACAGGUCGUGUACCAUUUACAAGCGCAGUGGAUCAUCAUUCUGCACUACCAGAACUUUUCUAACAUUAACAUUAACGCUAAGAUCCAGAAUCAAUGCAAUAACAUGUUCUACUGAUUUGCCAAGCUGUGGCUUUUAAAUUACUGUAAGGUAAAAAAAAACAAAAAAAAAACUUGACCGGUGGAUCUCGGUUAUGUAUCGCCUCAAAAAAAAAAAAACUCUCUCUCUGCUUCUCUGUUUUUAUUUUAUCCUUCAUCGGAGGACAAAAAAAUCUCGUCUUGUGCCGUCUUCGGUGGAUUCCCAUGUUCCCGUGUGCUCCUUUAUCUGUUAAAUCAAGCAUCCUCUAACUCUUUAAUGACCGAUCGAAAGACAUCGCAGGCGCUCAACCGGAAAUGUUUCAGCACCGGAAAUUUAAUAAAGCAUUUUUUUUUCUUCCUUUAAUUCUACGUAGCAUCGAUGCUACUCAUUCCUGGUCGAAUUUUUCCUUUUCGUUUCUUUUUAUUAUUUUGUUUAUCUUGGUGACUGUGAUGUGUUUGAAAAAAAUGUGAUUGCAGUGUCUGAACAGUUGUAGUGUUUGUUUGUUUGUUUGUUUGUUUGUUUGUUUGUUUGUUUUUCAUCCCAUUCGAGAGAAGACGUCGACACUCGACCGAGUCUUGAGUAUCCAGCUGGUCAUGGUGUCGUUGUGGAAUUAAGUAAUUAUUUUGGGUAAAUGAAAUGAAUGAAGCGAUGGAAAGAAAUAAGAAAUGAAUAGAAAAAAAAAUGCCUUCUAGUUUUCUAGCUCCAUUGUAUAAAAUACAAAGUGACCGCUUCGACCCUGUGGAAAAUGUCACUUGUAUCUGUGUCAAAUGUUACCGUGUUCAGUGUCUGUAUUUCUGUGUAAUUAAGUGACCAAUGAGUCGAUCGAUCAUGUGCUCAGAAUGCUGUAACGGUACGCUUAACUGUUCAUCUUUGUGUCAAUUCCAUUCCUCUGAUUUUAACCAAUCACAAGCCUGGAUUUCUUACGUUCCCGGCGCAGAUACGAUCUGCGCUCGAUAAUUAGUCGAAGCCGUUUGGCUUUUAUCCCAAACGUAAAGGGUAAUUACAGCCGUAAUUGCAGCCCUUGCGUGAUUGCUUCCUCGCUCGGCUACCAGUCGGUUUAAUUAGCUAGGGAUAAGAAGGUAAGGAAUAAAUCCGAAACGGUAUUGAGGAUUGAUCAGAAACGUGGUUUAGAAGGAGAUAAUUGCGCACAAGCUCUUGGUUAUUAAAGGCAACCACCGCUUACUGAGAAUGGUUUGAUCGUCUAUAAA